AUGGGGGGAGUGUGGGAAUUGUUCUACACUCCUACACAAGCCUACUGUGACGGCGGUAGUGUCCUUAUAAAUUUUGAUAACUCAGGUAGGCGGAAGGCUCCGUACGAUCUUGGGGAUGAGGGAAAUGAGAAAGAUGGGGACCCUAAUAGAAAUGAGCCUGCGGAAGGGGAUCCGAUUGAGGAAGAGCCUAAAGAGGAGGAAGAGCCCAUAGAAGAUGAAGAGGAGCCUAUUGAGGAAGAGGAGCUUAUAGAAGAAGAGGAAGAAACUCUGGAAGAAGAGGAACCCAUAGAGGACGACGAGCUUAUUGAGGAUGAAGUUGACAUGGAAGAAGGAAUAGAGGAUCCUGACGUUAAUAAGGCUUGCAUGCCGAAUAAUGAGUAG